CAAAAUACACACACACACACACACACACACACACACAUAAUAUACAUACAACACAUACAUAAUAUACAUACAUCUUGUACACGAAAAAAAAAUAAAUAAAUAUUUUUUUAUAUAUUUUUUUAAAAAAAAAAUAAAAAUAAUAAUAAAUGUCGGUCUACAAUCAUCGACCAAUGGUACCGCCAACCCAAGGCCGUCUCAUCGAACUACUGGAUGCCGUCAAAGCCGAGUUUGACCAAUUGACCCAAGAUGUCGUCACCGUCAAGGCCCAAAGAGACGACUUUGAACACAAAAUGAAUAACCAGAUUCAAGAGAUGUCGGCCUUUCAGCAGAACCUCAUUGAUCUAGAGAGAACCCAGCAGAUCAUCAAAAAACAAUAUGAAGAAGAGAUUGGGCGCCUACGUCAACAACUGGAACAAAUUCAUUCCUCUCCUCAUGGUGCACCAGUAACCAGCAGUGCACAAUCCUACAGUGGUUAUCCUCCACCAAUGUUGGACUCAAAACCGCCUGUUCAUCACUCAGCUUAUCCUGGACCUUCUCCACCAACUGGUCCCCACACUGGAUCACCUCACCCAGUCACAAACCCUGCUUACAUGAACGGCAGCACCCCUCUACCCACCAGCGCCCAACCACCACCCCCCGGCCCUCAACUUACCCCAGGUCGUAGCGCCCCACCCCCAGUCAAGUCUGGCGUACCAUCAACCACAGCAAUCGUACCAGCCGUACCUGGAGCCUUGGGUGAUAUUGACCCCGAAAGUGUGCCACCAAACAUGAGAGUAGAAGGCCAGGAUUGGUUUGCAUUGUUCAAUCCAAAUGCCCAGAGAUUCCUCAAGGUCGAUCUUUUACACAGCUUUGAACACGGUAGCGUCGUUUGCUGCGUAAAGUUCAGUGCAGAUGGUCGUUUCUUAGCAACAGGUUGCAACCAAGUCACAUACAUCUAUGACACUACAAACUCUGCCAGAAUCGCUGUUUUGCAGGAUGAGACUACUGGUAGAGAUGGUGAUCUCUACAUCAGAUCUGUCAGUUUUAGUCCCGAUGGCAAAUACCUCGCCACUGGUGCCGAGGACAAACAGAUUCGUAUCUGGGAUAUCGCAAAACGCCGCAUUCAGAGCAUCUUGCCUGGCCAUGAGCAAGACAUCUAUUCUCUUGAAUUCAGUCGCGACGGUCGCAUUCUGGUAUCUGGCUCAGGCGACAGAACUGCCCGGAUAUGGGACUGGAUUGAGGGCAGAUGCUUGCACACUCUGCAGAUCAAAGACCUUGACCAAAAGGAUCCCGGUGUGACUAGUGUUGCCGUCUCUCCUGAUGGUCGUCUGGUGGCUGCUGGAAGUCUGGACAAGGUGGUCAGAAUUUGGGAUGUUGCUACUGGCCAGAUGCUUGAGCGUCUGGACGGUCACAAAGACAGUGUUUACUCGGUAGCCUUUAUGCCCGAUGGUAAAACCCUGGUGAGUGGCAGUCUUGACAAGACCCUGCGUAUGUGGCAAUUGGGUACAAACCAGGCAUUCGGUGGUGACCGUGGCAAGAAUGCAUGCAAGCAAGUCUUUUCAGGACACAAGGACUUUGUAUUGUCUGUUGCUACAACCCCUGAUGGUAAAUGGAUCGUAUCAGGCUCAAAGGAUAGAGGUGUUCAAUUUUGGGAUCCACGGACUGGUCAGACCCAGUUUAUGCUCCAAGGCCACAAGAACUCUGUCAUUUCUGUGGCCACCAGCCCCGGAAGAAGACCAAUGUUCGCUACCGGAUCUGGUGAUAACAGAGCAAGGAUUUGGAGUUAUGAGCCAUUGAACCAGUCUUGAUUUAUUAUUCUUAUUUCUUCUUCUUUCUUCUUUUAUUUUUCACAACAUCGUAUAUCUCUCUCUCUCUCUCUCUCUCUCUUCUUCUUCUUUUUUUUUUUCAAAAAAAAAUUCAACCAACCAAUCAAUCAAUCAAUCAAUUUAACAAACAAGCAAAUAAUAACAUUUUUAAACUAAAAAUCGAAUAACUAUAAAGGAAGAGAGAAAGAAUUUAGUGAGCAUAUAUGUAUGUCUAUGCAUUUAUACAUAGAAAGAGUCCUGACUUGCUUUCACAUUUUCAUAAUAACACCCGCUCACUAACAAUAACAAUAAUAAUACUGCUUGUCUGUCUGUUGAUACAAAGUC